ACCCUGAUAUCUCACUUCACUUGCAGUGCAGUGCGCGGACCAUUCAAUUUCUUCCGAAGACCGAAAAAAAAUCAAAUCAAGAUGUCUUUAGCAGAUCCCGUUGCUUUCAUGAAAGAUUUCUUGGCCGGUGGCGUAUCAGCUGCUGUGUCUAAAACAUGUGUGGCCCCAAUAGAAAGAGUCAAGCUACUGCUGCAAGUCCAACAUAUAUCCAAGCAAAUUUCCGAAGAACAAAGAUACAAAGGUAUGGUAGAUUGUUUUGUAAGAAUUCCCAAAGAACAAGGUGUACUGGCUUACUGGAGAGGUAACGCUGCAAACGUAAUCCGUUAUUUCCCAACGCAGGCUCUAAACUUCGCCUUCAAAGAUAAGUACAAGCAAAUUUUCCUCAGUGGAGUUGAUAAAAACACGCAAUUCUGGCGCUACUUCAUGGGAAACUUAGCCUCUGGUGGUGCUGCUGGUGCAACCUCUCUAUGUUUCGUAUAUCCCCUCGAUUUUGCCAGAACUAGGCUAGCAGCUGAUGUAGGCAAAGGAGCAGGACAAAGAGAAUUCAGCGGUUUGGGUAAUUGUCUCACAAAGAUCUUCAAGAGUGACGGACUCGUUGGAUUAUACAGAGGUUUCGGUGUAUCCGUACAAGGUAUCAUCAUCUACAGAGCAGCUUUCUUCGGUUUCUACGAUACUGCUAAGGGCAUCUUGCCAAAUCCGAAGGAAACUCCUAUAAUCAUUUCUUGGGCCAUUGCUCAGUCUGUAACGACAGUUGCUGGUAUUGUAUCAUACCCCUUCGAUACAGUUAGAAGGCGUAUGAUGAUGCAAUCUGGUAGAGCAAAGAGCGACAUCAUAUACAAGAACACCAUCCACUGCUGGGCAACGAUCGCUAAGCAAGAAGGACCUAAAGCAUUCUUCAAGGGAGCUUUCUCCAACGUUCUUCGUGGUACCGGUGGUGCCAUCGUGCUCGUAUUGUAUGAUGAACUCAAGAAUCUCAUGUAAAGAAAUCAAUGAACAUUGGCGGGUAGAAGAGAAUCGAGUUCUCUUUUUUGCCGGAGAAUUAGCAGAUGAAAUGACUAGACUGUUUAGAUUAAUUAUUUUUAUUUCUGGUUUUAUAUGCAACAAGAGUCUCCAACGUAACUUUUGAUAUUCACAACGAUAAUUUCGAUUGAUAAGUUCACAGUCAAACUCUGAACAAAGACAUCUUGCCAGAAUUAUUUAUUUAUUUAUUUUAAUUUUUUUUCAACCGCCCUCAUUCCCGGGUCUUGUUAUCCAGUUUAUUGGGUGGUGAUUGCCUGAGUAUUUUGUAAAUAUUUUCACUUGAAGACUUUAAGUUUAAGAUGACACAUUUCAUUACAUCGAUUUGAGUAGCGAAGUUUACAAUUCUAGUAAUUUAUUGUUGCUUUUAACGACUGUUACUACAUAAAUAAAUCACUUCCAGCCAAUGCGCUCAUUGUUGACUGUUGUGGGAUACAGAGAAAAUGUCAAAGUAUUAUGAAAGAAUACCAUCAAAAGAAAUCAAUAAAUACUGUUUCAGAAA